GAAAUUCUAUUCAUAGGUGAUCGGUCUGAUGCAAUUCUGAUUUCCAUUUUCCAUUCUGGCUGAUUUGUUGGUCGCGGCGUUCCGAAAAGUUUAAGGGCACUUUUAAACCUGUUCUUCGAUUAUAUCCUUCACGUGGAAAGGAAUAACUUUGCAGAAUGGUGACGGAAGACUUAAUCAAUUCGUUUGUCUCCAUCGGUUUAUCAGCGGAGAAAGCGAAAGAAACGGCAAAAAAUGACAAUGUUGCCAAAAACCUGAAAGCCAUUAUCGAUCAGGCGCGAAAGACUAAAGGCGACAACAUCUCGAAACCAGUGGGGAAUUUGUUGUACGCGCUGGCAUCGAAAGUCAAGAGCCAGGCAGCUCCGCACAUUCCCCUUCUGACGCAGUACGUCGUCGACGAGAAGAUCACUUCGGAAUUGCAGCUGAACGCCGCGCUGGAUUUCACAUUGCAUCAUGCCGCUGCUGGAGAUUUCAGUAACUCCGAUUUCGAGAAAGCGUGCGGUGUUGGUGUUACGUACACCGAUGACGACGUGAAGAAAGCGGUUGCCAGUACGAUCGCAGCGAAUCAGAAGGGUUUGGUUGAAAAUCGUUAUCGGUUUGUCGUUGGUCCUUUGCUGGUGGACGCACGUAAAGCCAUUCCCUGGGUGGAUGGAAAGCGAUUAAAAGAUGAGCUGGAUGCGCAGAUCCUGGCGCUACUAGGCCCGAAGACAGCGGAAGAUAACGAGAAGCCCGUGAAAAAGAAAGAAAAAGCUCCAGCCGAAGCUGGCAAGGAAGCUGCAAAGCCUGAAACAUCGGGCGCCCCCACUGUUACGGAGCUGAUGAGAACACGAGUGCACUUCCACAAACCAGGCGAGAAUUACAAAACGGAUGGAUAUGUGAUUACACCGAAAACUAUGGAAUUGAUGAAAGAGCAUCUGAAGCGAACCGGUGGCAAAAUUGUUACACGGUUCCCGCCCGAGCCCAAUGGUAUUCUGCACAUUGGCCACGCCAAAGCUAUUAAUAUCGACUUCGGUUAUGCCGAGGCCAACGGCGGAGUGUGCUAUCUGCGUUACGACGAUACUAACCCGGAAAAAGAGGAGGAAAAGUUUUUCACCGCCAUCAAAGAUAUGGUGGAGUGGCUAGGAUACAAGCCUUACAAAAUAACUCAUUCUUCGGAUUAUUUCCAAGAGCUAUAUGACUUCGCUGUGGAGUUGAUUAAACGUGGACAGGCUUACGUCUGUCAUCAGAAACCAGAAGAAAUAAAGGGAUUUAACCCGCCACCGUCUCCUUGGAAAGAUCGUCCUAUCGAAGAAUCUUUGAAGCUGUUCGAGGAUAUGAAAAAUGGUUUGUUCGACGAGGGUGCCGCCACCUUACGCAUGCGCACAGUUCUGGAAGAAGGAAAAGUGGAUCCUGUGGCGUAUCGAAUUAAAUAUGUCCCCCAUCACCGGACUGGAGACAAAUGGUGCAUCUAUCCGACUUACGAUUAUACGCAUUGUUUGUGUGAUUCCCUGGAAGAUAUCUCUCAUUCAUUGUGCACCAAAGAAUUCCAGCAGCGACGAUCUUCUUACUACUGGCUGUGUAACGCUCUGGAUCUGUAUUGCCCAGUGCAGUGGGAGUAUGGACGUUUAAACGUGAAUUAUACCGUCACGUCCAAACGGAAGAUUGCCAAGCUUAUUGAGACGCAGAGCGUCAGGGAUUGGGAUGAUCCGCGAUUGUUCACGUUGACCGCUCUGCGUCGUCGUGGAUUUCCACCGGAAGCGAUCAAUAAUUUCUGCGCUUUGCUGGGUGUGACAAUGGCUGAAACAGCGGUGGAUCCACAAGUUGUAGAAUCGUGUGUGCGGGAUUAUCUGAACAUCCACGCACCUCGCACCAUGGUGGUGUUGGAAUCACUUAAAGUAACCAUUACCAAUUUUCCGCACAAAGAAGCCAUUCAGGUUGAAGCCCUAGAUUUUCCGGAAAAGCCGGAACGGGGCAAGCACACCAUUGCGUUUGGCCCCGUGAUAUAUAUUGAACAGUCCGAUUUCCGAAAGGAUGCCGAUAAGAACUACAAACGAUUAACACCCAACCAGUCUGUUGGACUGCGAUACAGUGGGGUGACUUUAACCGUGAAUCAAGUGGUGGACGAUAAAGAUGGUAAUCCUGUGGAAUUGUUGGUGGAGUGUCAUGCGGUGACGAAUGAUUCGGAGAAACCUAAAGGAUGGAUACACUGGGUGUCGGAUCCGAUGCCGGUGGAAGUGCGUUUGUAUGAACGCCUGUUCAAGCACGUGGAUCCCAGUAGCGCUCCGGGAGGAUUUCUGGCUGAUAUGGUGCCUGAUUCCAUGCGGAUUAUUCCCAAUGCACUGGCGGAUAAGCAUAUUAAGGGAGCGAAAGUGUAUAACAGAUUCCAGUUUGAACGAGUGGGAUUUUUCAGUGUUGACCCUGACAGCACGGGAGAGCAGCUGGUUUUCAGUCGUACGGUCUCGCUAAAAGAAGAUGUGGCCAAGAAAUGAGAGGAUACUUCCGAGGAUUUUUGUAACGCUUCUGGUUUUUAUUCAGUUAUGCAAUAUCUACUUCGUUUUCUACAACCGCCUCGCAGUUGCUUUCAGAAUGUUUGAUAGUCACCGAUUCACCGGUAAUAUUUGACUGCGUUCUGAUAAAUUGAAACUAACGCAUAGUCGAGAAUUAUGUCCGUUUUUAUAUAAUAAAGAUUCAGGGAACAUUG